AGUUCGGCCGCGCCCCGGCCCGCCCGAGCCAAUCACAGCCGGGGGAGUGUCCCAGGUUGGAUUCCAUCCCGCCACGGGCAGCACGUGGGUGGUGGCGGGGUUUCCUGUGACCUUGGCCGUGCGGAGGGAAGCGCAUCCUCCAGCCGCUAGCCUCCGCUGCCGGGCCGUUGCUCCCCCAGGGGCUGCUGCUCGCAGCACUGGGGGAUCCACUGGAUCCUUCAGCAGCAGGCAGGCCCGGGAAGUGCCCCCAGCCAGGCAGCCGCCGCCUGGGCAGAGAUGGAGCCCAGCUGGAGUGACCUCUCCGGGGCACCAAGGCCUGGGCAGCGUCUGUGGAGACACCAGCAUCCCCCCCGGCCUGGCUGGGACGGUGGGUGCCGCUAGGUGGAACCAGCUUGGCUGCAGAGGCAAAGGAUCAUCCAUUUGUCUGUCUGUCAGGUCUCCUAGGCUAGGGUUAAAGAGCCCAGUCAGCCUUAGAGUACAGUGCACCUCCCUUUCACCACCGUCUGGGGCAUUUCCACUGCCGGGGGUAAGACAAGGACCCCCUCUAAGGCGCUCUUCUACCUGAAGCUGUUGGCACCCUAGUGGUGCUAAGUUAUUUAACCACCCCCCAGCACUCAGCAUUAACAGGUAGUAUUGUCUACUGUAUUAUGGUCAACCUGACAUCUUAAUUCAUUAAUUAAUCACCCCAAUUAGAGCCUUGCCUGGUCUCUGUGGUUUUAGUCCCCAUUCCUGUGGCUGGUGGCAUCUACCUGGCGGAGGAGAGACUGGGACUAGAGUCUCCCAUAUCCAAAAGAUGAAACCAGGAGGAAGAUAACUGUUCAGCAAGGAUUAAAGAAUCAGGAGGUGAGAAAUAACCAUCCGUGAUACAGGGGGACAGCUCAACACUAUGGGGAGACCAUAAGCACAUUUCAACUUCACUGAAAAUAGUGUCGCUGUAACAUGUGGCUGCUGUUCCAGACUCACUGAUGAGCUGGCGAAUGAGAGCCAGUGUGGAAGAAAGCACCAAAGGGGGCAUAUUACACCUACCCCAAACAGGCAUUUUCCCCUUAUUGAUGGGUUGGCAACAGCCUGUAGUAAUGGCCUGAGAUCUCAUGGUGGCCAGAGGAGAUGCGACAAGGACACACGGAGGCAAGCCCCAAGAAAAUGGAUGCCAACGUCAAGAGCUGGGAGGAGCUGGCUGCUGACGGACUCCAAUGGCCCUGCAGCCUCAACUAGGGAGCAGUCCAUCUCGAGGUAAAGCGUCUUGCCCUUGAAGCAGAGGAGAGAGCGGAGGAAGGAAAAGGGGAAAAUCCCAGCCUGCUGCCUACUCUCCCUUGUGGAAAGACCUGCCACUUCUGCAGACGGGUCUAUGGCUCCAGGAUUGGACUUUAAAGUCACCUCAAGACCCAUCAAUGAGCCGGGGUAGAGAUCAUCGAAUGGAGGGUGUGCUGCCACCGCUGACACAUUGGCCAUUCUUUGGCUUGUCAGUCCAUUAAAUGCUUCCCUGGCACUGCAGCUUCUCUCUCUCCUGUCCAGACACUAUGAGCUGACAGGGCUUACAGUUAUGAAGUUUCCUAAUAUUUAGUUGCAUCUUCUUUUUCUUAAUGUAACAACACUUUUCCCAGUACAGUUAUAUCUCUUUGUAUUGCUCUAAAUAUUGGUAACUCCCCUUCUUAAGGCUACAUCCUCCGCUCCUAAUGUCUCUUCAAAUGACUACUAAGUUUAAAGAUAAUUUGACGUAAGAACAGCAGGAUUUGGCCCCUUCUCCCCAAAUCAUACUGGUGUAAAUGAGAAUAUGCAAGGAUGGAGAUCCAUAGCUCCUAUAGAUGCUGUGAAGAAGUCAGGUGCUUCCCAUUGAUUUCCGUGGGAACAGGGUUGAAACCAAAAUCUUGGAAACUUUCAAACGUUUCUCACAUGUUUAAGAAUUAAAAUCAGUGCUUCCAGUAGAGCCCGUACAUGUUAGCAGGUCAGGACAUGGGUGAGGCCCGAUCUGUUCCCAUUCAUCUCAAGAGGACAUCAGCUCUGAGGCCUAGUGAUGAAGCUGAAAAUAGUGUCACUGUAACAUGUGGCUGCUGUUCCAGACUCACUGAUGGGCUGGCGAUUGAGAGCCAGUGUGGAAGAAAGCACCAAAGUGAUCCACUCUCGUGUGUGAGAAGCCCUUGAGAGAGCAUUUCUCAGGCCGGGAUUCUUCUCCAUCAUCUCACCUGUGUACCACUGCCCUUCUCAUCCCUACGUCCGAAUGGGUUUGUGUCACUUGACACUUCCCGUGGUGUUAUACCUUUGAGAUGACUUUCACCCUACAGCCAAAAUGACUGCCUUCGUAUUGUACAUUAAGGGCCUGCCUACGCUCAAGAUGAUUGAACUGAGUUAGCUUCAGUUAUAAUAGCAGUGUGAAGACAAGGUAACUUUGGUUUUACUUCAGACUAGCAGCCUGGUAUUGAAUUCAAACUCUCAACCCAGGUAAAACCCCAGUUAAUGUGUCUUUAUGGCUUUUUUAAGUUGCAUUAGCUAACUCAAUUUAGCCAACAUGAGUUAAGAACACAGUGCAGAUGAACAGCGAUGCCAAAGAGUUAAAUUCCACAUAAUACAAAUUGAGGAACAACACCGUGGAAUAAAUGAUCCUGUUAAAUUCCCCAUGAGCUCAGACCAUGGAAAGACAAUACAACCUACCGUGAAUCACUUGCAGAGAUGCUCAUUGUCUCGAACACUUCCAGACAAUAAGAGGAGGUUCCACCACUUCCAGUGCCCAGAAGCAGAGAAACAAGAAAUACAAAGCUGUGGAGCCCAGAUCGUGAAUGGUGAUGGAGAACAUCUCCUCCCCCUCACCCAUCUCUGUCAUCUCCACCGCUCGGUAUGAGAACGCCUCUGAACACAAAGAUUACUAUUCCAGCCUUCAAAAGAGCAUGCAUAUCCUGUCCAUGGUGGUCUACAGCAUUGCGUGUCUGCUGGGGGUGACAGGAAAUGGCCUCGUCAUCUGGAUCGCUGGCUUCCGGAUGAAGAAGACAGUGAAUGCCGUGUGGUUUCUGAACCUGGCUGUGGCCGAUUUCAUCUUCACUUUUUUCCUGCCCUUCAGCAUUGUCUACACUGCUCUGGGCUUCCACUGGCCCUUUGGGAAGCUCCUGUGCAAAUUAAACAGCACCAUUGCCUUCCUCAACAUGUUUGCUAGCGUCUUCCUUCUCACAGUCAUCAGCAUGGAUCGGUGCGUUUCACUUGUCUUCCCUGUGUGGUCUCACAACUACAGGACACCCAAAUUGGCUUCCAACAUUGCCCUGGUGACAUGGGUCCUUGCCCUCAUCAUGAGCUCUCCGUAUCUUGUUUUUCGAGACACAGCUAUUCAUUCCAAGAACAUCACCAGCUGCUACAAUAACUUUGCCCUGUCUGAUGAUUAUAACUCGGAGGCAGCACAGAGGCUGUGGAGAAUGAGGCACGAAGCGAUGAUUGUAACCAGAUUCCUGUGUGGGUUCCUCAUCCCCUUCAUGGUGAUCCUCAUCUGCUACACCAUCUUUGCUAUCAGGUUGAAAAGGAGACGUUUAGUGAGGUCCACAAAGCCUAUCCGGAUCAUCAUUGCCGUCACUGUGUCUUUCUUCCUCUGCUAUUUCCCAUACCAUGUCUUCUCCAUGAUGGAAAUGUCCAAACACUCUUCCAGUCAUGAGCUGAAGAUGGCCCUCUACAUCGGCUUCCCCCUGGCCUCCAGCCUUGCCUUCUUCAACAGCUGCAUCAAUCCAAUCCUGUAUGUCUUUAUGGGGCAGGAUUUCAGGGAGACAUUUCAACAGUCCAUCCUCUCUGCCUUUGAGGGGGCCUUCAGUGAGGACUCUGUCCUGGCCAGCCUGGCUAGCAAAAGAAAAUCCAGGUCUGCUUCAGAGGCAGAGCUCCCAGGGGUUUAGUUAGUAGCUCCUAUAGCAAGUCGCAAGGGGCCCAGUUCUGUCUGCUGUUACACAACUACAGUUGCUCCUGCUUCCCGUCAGUGCUAAGCUUGUGGACCUGAAGACAGAAAUGAGCUGUGAGUUGUUAAGGGGUGUGAUUCAGCUUUUGAGAUGAGUGCAGAACCUAGUGUGUCUUCACGUACCAGGGAUGUAAAACAGCUGGAUGGGGGUGGCACAGGGCUGUCAAAGUACCUACUUUCACAUGCUGGCCUUUGCAUGCUAUCAGCUUGGGUUUUUUUCACUUUUCCCUUUGUCAGUCCUCUUGUUGUGCCAGUCACCCUCUGUCACCGGAACCGUUCCUGUUUCACAUCCCCUCUGAGGAGCAGAUGAGUGUAAGUUACUCUGUUUUGGCCUCUCUGCUCACUGUUCAACUGGAAACCCUAGCACCGAAGGUGGCUCAGAGUCAGCCAUGCCUGCUUCUACCUGAAGAUGAAUCACGUCUUUUUUUACGGCCUUGCCCUGCCACAGUUUUCUCUUUGGAAAACCCAAUAUUCAUUUAGCAAAAUAUUUAAAAGAUAGAGAGGCCAUUUCAGAGUUUCCUUUGCUAGUACUGAGAUCUGAGCAAUUCAGUGCUGCCAUCCUGUGCAAGCUUUCAGCACGUGAGCAGCUGACCCAAUAACCUUAAGAUUUGUAUAUAGGCAACCCAUGCUUAGCGCUCUUAAGUGGUUCCUGAAAACCUGAGCGUUAAGUGAAAAUAGCAUUAAGUGAAACCAAAAGUUUUUGAUGACCUGAGAUGGCGACAGCAAGUAUUUUUGAUGACCCAAGCAAAGAUGGUGACUGUGAGCGUUAUACUGAAACUCGCUGAGUGCUCAGUGGAAUCAGGUAUCAAUUUAAAACAAGUGUUAUAGCAAAAUAGGGCUAAGUGAAACAGCGUUAAGCGGGGGUUGCCUGUACUUAAUUAUUUAAUGGCUCUAUAGACAAGUCUUCCAUCAUCUUCCUCUUCUGCUAAGACUUCCCAUAAAGAAAUACCAGGUUUUUCUCUCCACUGACACAUUUAAAAAAUAGUGGGCAUGUCUACAUGUGCAUUCAUGUGCCGUAAUUACGGCGCAUUAAGUUUAGUACCUGUAAUAACAAGUACUAACUUAAUGCACGGUAAUCAGUACUACUGCACAGUAGUGCCGACUGCCGACACGUCUUUUAAGUGAUGCUAAUGCAUGGUAGACUAAUUGUACUGCGCAUUAGUAUGGCUUUCGCCGUGAUGUGCUAAUGCACAGUCGAAUCAGUCUACUGUGCUUUAGCAUCUUGCGUAGAUGUGCCCAGUGUCUGUCCAGCUUAGCCUCGGGUCACUUUGUGGGUUCUGAUUAAAAUACACACAACACCACACCCAAUCUGCAUGAACACGCAUGCAUCCUUGUGGCUUUCAUCUGACUUCAGCCAGGUCGCAUGAGGGAAAACAGGAGCACAGCGUCGUGUUCCAUGCUGUUGCCAACUUUCCUGCCAGCUCCUUUUUGUCAAGAUCCCCAAGUGCUUGGGCACCACUAAGUGGUAAUAUUGCAGACUGCUGCUCUCAAAUAAUGCUUUUUCCCCUUUAGAGUAACAGGAGGUGAGGGAAGUCUUCCAGUCCAUCCUAGUAAGUUCCCGUACAGUGAAGUUGAUGUAAAAGAACCAAAAGUCCUUUUUAUUGGCAUGCACUGUUGUGCGGUGCACUGAUCCUAGUGAGCUAGGGGCUAAGAAGAAAAUAACCGUCAACAAGCAGGCAGCUGGGAGAUACUGUUGAAUCCUAUUCAGGUCAGAUCCUGCUCACUCUGUGUCCCUACUGGUAGUAGUGUCUGAUCCAAAGUCUGCUGAAGUUAGUAUAAAGCAGUGAUUCUGAACCAGAAGCCUGUGAUAUCCUGGGGUGCCUUGAGAUCCUUUCAAGGGUGUCCCAGGGUGUAGUGUUAGUACUGUCAGGUGUGCAAACAUGAUUCAUAAGAUAAACCUAGAGAUUUCAAAUAGGAAUCCAUGGUGUUAAAUACUUUUUGACCUGUUGUGGGCUUUCUGAGUUCUUUGCAACAGAAAAACUGCUGUUAUUAUUUUUCUAAAGUAAAAAAUUGAGUGAAAACUGAGAACUGGACAUUUCCAAGGGGUGUCUUGAGUCUAAUGAGGGGUGCCUGAAGCCUAACAAAGGAUGCUUUUAUUCUGAAACGGUUGAGAACCACUGGUGUAAAGGUUUUAAUUCACUUAAAUGGAUAUAGUAAUUGCAUAAUUUUGCCACAAGUUAUUCCUUUACGUUGAUAGUACUACUCACACAUUGCACACUGCAUGCAGUUUCACAGGGUUAUAACUAUAGGUACUAACAGUAUAUAAUUCUUCCCAUAUACAUUGGAUAAUAGAAUCACAUCUCUUACUUUCACACUCACUUUGGUAUAAUGUACAAUUCUUUUCAAUGAGCAUUUGUCAGUGUUCAGUAUUUUAUGGUCUUCAGCAUAGCAGAGACCCAACACUGUACUUUCACUUUAUUUUUAACAAUAAAAAUAUUUUUAAAAGCC